AUGGAGGGAUGGCCGGUGACCGGCUCGACGCUAUACUGGGAGAGAAAGAAGAGGAAGUCAUCAGGGUUGCCGGCAAUUUCUCCCGCUUUGCCUUUUCCUCAGCCCACGCAACGAAAGGACAGGAUGAUUCUGGGAAUUCGGAGAAAUCUGGAACACGCAGAGCAUGAAGUGUCAACAGAGAAGCUGUCGUCCCCACGUUUCGACCACUCCUUGAAUAUUUCUGUCGUCGCAUCCUAG